UACGCCUGGCUGUGGCCGACGCGGCGCUUAUUGCGGGAAGGUGGGGAGAGGAGGAGGAAGAAAACCUCUUCCUGGCUCAGCUAGGGUUUGCCUCUGCCUCUGUCUUCCGGCGGCCGGCGGCGAAGUGACGCGGCGAUGUCGAAGAAGAACAGCCUCUCCAAGCGGAAGAAGCAGCACGAGUUCGACCUCCAGAGGGAGAAGAAGGCCAAGGAGGAGCAGGCCAAGAAGCUGCAGGCCAAGAAGUCCAAGAUGAAGAUUGAUGGAAGCGAGAAGAAGAAGAAGGGCAGCAGCUUCAAGGUCGGCAAGAAGAAGGUGAAGACAAAGCUCUCAGCCCUGGGAAAAGCCAAGGCCGCGCAAGCCAUGGAGCUCGACAACUGACUCAUUCCCAUGGCCUAAACUGUUGCACCAAUGCCAGUCAUUUUGAUGUAAUCGUCGGAGAAAUGAAGUUCAUUUGCUCUGGCCAGGUCCAUGUAGUCGAGCGCCGUUAGAUAGAUAAGAGUUUUGGUAUUUCUGAUCUCGCGGUUUCUGACUGUGUAUGAUCCACCCCUCGAAACAUUUCUGCUUCAGAGCCAAGAUAGUAUGUGUUCUUGCCUA